ACAGGCAAGGGUCUGCUUUGAGAAGAGCGGGAGGACAGAUUAAUUAACCCUUUAAAUCGGAGAACUCGGCUACAACAUGCAGGAGGAUGGUAAGGUGGUGGAUGGCAGCCUGUUGGGUGAUGCCAACGGGGUAGAGCCAAGUCCAGGAAGAGUGAAGGAGUCUGGGAAAUGGCAGAAGCCCCGGUUCACACGCAAAGCCCUGAUGAGCUGUCUGGUCAAAUGGAUCGUCACCAGCAGGACAACACCAGACAAAGAGACAGAUGAGAGUAGUGAGAGUGAUUUGGAGCUGUCUACGGUUCGUCACCAGCCAGAAGGCUUGGACCAGCUGCAGGUUCAGACCAAGUUCACCAAGAAGGAGCUCCAGUCUCUAUACAGGGGCUUCAAGAACGAGUGUCCCAGUGGUUUGGUUGAUGAAGAGACGUUCAAGACCAUCUAUUCUCAGUUCUUUCCCCAAGGAGAUGCCACCACCUAUGCACAUUUCCUGUUCAAUGCGUUUGAUAUGGACAGAAACGGCUCUAUUCGUUUUGAGGACUUUGUGAUCGGCCUGUCUGUUCUUCUGAGAGGGACAGUCACAGAGAAACUCAACUGGGCCUUCAACCUGUAUGACAUCAACAAGGACGGAUACAUCACUAAAGAGGAGAUGCUAGCUAUUAUGAAGUCCAUCUAUGAUAUGAUGGGCAGGUACACCUACCCCAGUGUACGGGACGAGGCACCCUCUGAACAUGUGGAUAAGUUCUUCCAGAAAAUGGACAGAAACCGAGAUGGAGUGGUGACCAUUGACGAGUUCAUUGAGACCUGUCAGAAGGUACCACAGUUACAAAAGAUUUCAGCACAUCUGUACGCUAGCUCAAUUUUGAAAUAAAUAAUAAAAUACAUAGAUGUUGUUAACACUUUACUUGUAGUGGCUAUAACUAAGGCAUUCAUAACACAUUUGUGAAACCAGUCACCUUUAGGAGUGUUGCAGCAUCCUCAGUUACAAACUUUUUCACAUUUAACAAAUUUAUUCAACAUUCAAACAACAUCAUAUUUUUGUAUCAUUGGAUUAUCACUGGGUAGGCCAGUGCAAAUAAU